UUAGCGCUUGACACAUUUACUGUGCGCUCAAUGGGAACUUUGCAAACUCUCUUUAUUGUUUUCGUUUAAACUUUCUUUUGUUUGUUUUAUUUUCCGAGUGAAAUGUAACAGUGAGUGAUGGUAACAUAAUGAGGCACGAUCUAGAAAAAGUGAAAGUGUCAUAAACAAUACAACUAGUGGUCGGACGAUGUUAAACGGGACGGCAGAGCGGGGACUGUCUUUACAGUCCUCGCCCGUGAAAGUGUCAACGUCGCCCGUGCGGGCGUCGCCGAGCCCGGUGCGGGCGCCGCCGUCGCCGCUGAAGUCGUCGCUGUCGCCGGCGGUAGGAGGGCGGCAGCGCUCGCCGCGGCGCUGCCAGUUCGCGGCGCCGGCGCAGGAGGAGGCGCGUGACAAGUGCGGCGCGGGCUGGCUGUGCCGGCGCGGCGCGGGGCAGCUGGAGGAGGCGGAGGCGGGCGCGGGCGCGGGAGCGGGGCCCAGCGCGCCCGCGCCGCAGGGCUGCGAGGACUCCGCGCCGCCGCCCAAGAACUGCUUCAGGCUUGUUAUGCUCGGAUCAGCCCGCGUAGGCAAAACGUCGCUGGUGGCGCGCUUCCUCGGCACCAAGUUCGAGGACUCGUACACGCCCACCAUCGAGGACUUCCACCGCAAGCUGUACCGCAUCCGCGGCGAGGUCUACCAGCUGGACCUGCUCGACACCUCGGGCAACCAUCCCUUCCCCGCCAUGAGGAGGCUCUCCUUCCUGACAGGUGACCUGUUCGUGCUGGUGUUCGCCAUGGACAGCCGGGAGUCGUUCGAGGAGGUGAUCCGCCUGCGGGAGCAGAUCCUCGACACCAAGGCCAGCGCCGUCAGCGGCGGCAGCCGCGGCAGGCGGCAGGUGCCCAGGGUGCCCAUGGCCAUCGCGGGCAACAAGUGCGACCGAGAGCUCAAGACUGUACAACCAGAGGAGGCAGCCGCGUACUGCGCCACCCAGGACGGCUCCUGCGUGUUCGUGGAGACCUCCGCCAAGAAGAACUUCCACGUGGACGACCUCUUCUACGAGCUGUUCGUCGUCGCCAACUUGCCCCUGGAGAUGGCCCCCAACCACCACAAACGGGUCAACACCACCUUCGGCAGCCCCUGCACUCUCCCGCCAACCAGCAGCCAGAGUAGUAGGAGUAAGAAAUGCACGCUCUCCAUCAAGAGGAGGCUGUCGGACGCGUGCGGCGUGGUGGCCCCCAACGUGCGGAGGCCGAGCAUCAGGACGGACCUGAUGAUCAUGAGAACCAAGACUUGUGCCAAAGGAGACAGCGACAGCGCGGGCGGGAGCCCCAAGCUCACGCUCAACCGGCUGGUGCGCUCGGCCGGACAGAGCGACAAGCGCUCGUGCGUCCUUCAGUGAUAUUUGUAAUGUGUCUGUUGUUGUAGCUACAUAUUUCAAUCAACAUUUUUAAGACAACAAAUAGUGAAUUCAACUCAUCAUAUCAAUUUUCAGCAAGAAAUAAAUCAAAAUCAGAUACACAUAUCGCUUUAACUGGAUUCAAACAUCAAUGUAAAAAUUAAAGACUGUCUCACUGAAGUUGCUCUAAAAAAAAGUGAUUACUAACAUCUAUCUUUUUGGCACAUUAUUUUAAGUAAAGGUGAUUUGAUCGGGGAGAAAUCAAAAACCUACACGUAAUCGAUCAAAUUCUUUUUAAUUAGAAUAAAAAUGGUUCCAACAAAUCGCGCCACACGAGGUUUCGUGCGAACCGGAAUAGCCUGUACAAACCCCAUUAGCUGAAUAACCCCUUUAUAUUGAUGAGAGGCAAAUUGGCUCCGUGUCGCGGUACAGGGCAUUUUCAAUGCAUUGCCUUCGAGUUAACCCUUUCAAUAUCGCUUUACGCUGCGAGCAACGUCAGCAAAUACUGUCGAUCGUAAAUUUGAAGACGCUGUGCGCGGAGAAGGCUCAUUUUAGACGGUACGAGUUUUCGGAUGCGAUGGUGAUACACUGUACAUAUGUUAAAUUGACCUGCACCUCUCUACAUAAAAUUGCAAAAGGGACUUAAUCGCGUAUAACUACAUUUUUAAACUAACCUCCUACGUUCCGACGUUUCAAGGACGGCGUUGUCCCAUGGUAUCGGAGCUGACCCGUUUAUGUUUAAGACCCGUUUGCAAUAUUAAGUGCACGCCAUCUGUUGCUUGUCAUCGUAAACCAUGGCGUACGUAAAGGCGAUUAGAGUUUUAUGUCACCCAAAGCUUCAGUAAGAUUCGGAAGUCAAUGAACUGGAUUUAUGCAUUCCGUUUCAGUCUCCCGGUAAGUAAUUCUGUAAACGAUGACAUAUUACCCGAGUUGAUACUAAGUAUUGUUACGUAUAAUAAAAGUUAAGGUAAGGACAGGAGUGAAUGCCUUGUUGCUUUAAUGCUGUUGGAUAAUAAAAGUAAGGUAUGCGCCGGUGUGUUUAUUACUGAUCGUUGUCGAGCUUCAAAUGUGCUAUAAGUGAUGAGGUCCAGAAUUGUGAAGAGUAAACUGCUGGCUAUCUCAGAACAAAAUAUGAAGGAAGCGGUAUGGAAUCUAAAUAAAAGUAUUUAUUCCCAAAUAUGGGAAAAGUAUUAUCUCAUGAUAUUUGAAUGAAACCUGCCGGCAAAGAAUUCUCCAACAAUAUUGCUGGCCUAGGGCGAUAACCCUUACUCAUUGUGUCAAUUUACUCUUAGCAAUUUUGGAUAUGAGAUUAGAAUAGAAUUUUAAACAAAUUUUGGGACAAAUGAAGGUCGUCCGAGCAGAAGAGAAUCUUCAAAGUGUCAGUCGACGCUGUUUUUGCAAAGUGGACAUGAUUAUAAAGUGCUUGUUAACCUACGUCAUAAAAUAUGGUAUGUUUAAAUUAGGAAGUCUCUUCUGCCCUUGACAACCCUAGUUAUAGUAAAUAUUAAAAAAUCUAAAUACAAUAUUUAACGUUUAUCCUACUUCUAAUACAGAGUUAUUUUUCUCUUCAGACUGUUCCAUCCCAUAUCAUUAACGUUAACAAAGUAAUUAUUAUCGUUAUUAUUUUUCUGUCAAAAUUUAAACUUAUUGUUGAAAUGGGACCAAAUAACAAUUGCGCUCAUUUCCUUGAGACCUCUUAGAGAACCAAUCUCUUUGAUAUAGAAUAAACGUAAUCUUCCUACAUUUUUUGCUUAUUUUUUCCUUCAAUUUGGAGAUUGAAUCUCUUUGUCUAUGAAUGUUUUGUAAAGCCAGGGAUACACUAGGGGACUUUUGACAAAUUGGAUUGGUAACAUGGGUGUUUUUAUGAGACUACUACGCAGUACCUAACGCUCUUCCGGCCGUAAUAUUAGAAAAAAAUAAUCCCAAAAUGUCCAUACAUUUUUCAAAUUUUUCAAAAUAACAGGCUUUUUAUGGAAAGUUUAUUUUCUGGUACAAAUGAAAAUAAGGUACAGCGGGACAAAUCUCGACUGUGGGACCAAUUGUAACUGGUCCACUUUUUCCAUGUUUUACAAUGUUUGCAUUAAGAGUUUUGAAUGAUUCACGGUUAUUUUCAUUAGACUUAUAUUGACCGGGAUAUAGACCGUGAUUACCUUUUUGAUUUUCGUGGAGCUUUUUGUCAAAAUGAAAAUGAAAAAAAUAAAAAUCUUUAUUGAUAACAAUUGUUAUUGAUAACUUUAUUGAUAACAAUUGUUAUUGUCAGUGGUAACGCUGAAAGUGAACGCAGCCGACGCGCGCGAAGGAGGGUAGAUCGCGCGCUGUCUAUACAACUUUAACAUCCACCCGCCUUCGUCAGUUUUCCGUGA